UGAGUCAGUCGUCAGUAAGCCGUUGCAUUCAUCGCGUAACAGACGCAAUCAACCGUUCGAUGUUUCCUGCGAAGGUUAGGUUUCCAAUGACGCAAAUAGAGCGGCAAGCUGGAAAGGAAAUUUUUGUUUCAUCAUCGUCACCAUUUGUUGGAGGCACUAUUGAAGCUAUCGAUUGCACUCAUGUUUCAAUCAUGAGUCCCAAAACACAUGAAGAAGCUUAUGUAAACCACCAUGGAUACCAUUCAAUCAAUGUGCAAAUGAUAUGUGAUCCUUACCUCAAGAUUUUGGCGGUCAAUGCUAAGUACCCAGGAGCGCGGUACGAUUCUUUCAUUUGGAGCUCCUCUACAGAGCGAAGAGUAAUGCAGGGCAGUUUUGAAAGUGGAAACCACAAUAUGUUUUCGAUUCGAUAUAUUAAAUAUAUAUAUAUUAAAAAUAAUUAUGAAAAAAAUAAAUUUUCAGGUGACUCUGGAUAUCCAUUAGAGCCGUGGUUAAUGACUCCUCUUCCAAACCAACCUCAAGGAAGUCCCAAAUUCCGCUACAAUGAGGCAUUGAGUAAAGCACGAAACCCAGUCGAGCGACUUUUUUGGCGUUCUCAAAGAAACUUGGCGAUGCCUAUCUCAACAAAGAGCUCUUUUGUACGAUGCUGGAUUCACUGGUAGAAUAGUCAAUGCGUGCUCAGUG